AUGUCGGAGAGAGCAAAGCGCGCAGACAGGCUUGCUGCUCUUGCAGAACUAAAACGAACUCGUGAAGGAGGCGCGCGCAAGUGGAAGGCUCAAGAGGAUGUGGCUAUCUAUGAUGAGGUCACUGAGGAUCAGUAUAAGAGCAUCGUGCGAGGAAGGUUGCAGAAGGAUGACUUUGUCGUGGACGAUGGCGUGAGUGCGAAGAAGGGCAAGGAUGCUACAUCCAAGCCUAAAGCGAAGCCAAAAGCACCACCGCCCGCUGCCAAGCCCUCUAUUAGCGUGUACCGCCCGGCCGUCUCAGCAGAGCAGGAAGAAGACUUUAUGGCCAAUCUCCUUGGAGGCUUAGAUGCUGUCCCAGCCCCAGCUGCAAGGAGGCCAAAGAAACGCAAGCCCUCCCGUUAUCAGAUCAUGAAGACUGAUUUCGAAGACAACUUUUCAACUAUGAUGAGCCCUAAGAAGAAGCCACGUACAACGAGUGGUGCUGGAAUCACCCCCGCAAUCGAGCGAAUGUGCAAGUUGGGUGACAUGGACAUGGAUGCCUUCAUGGAUAUUGAUGACGAAGAUCUUGAUCUCAAGCCGGCCAAGGGGAACAAAUCUAUCCUCGAUGGCCUAGAAACUAAGCCCAAGGUCAACAUUCCCUCUCCACCCACUAAAGCAGAGCCGCCUUCAGCUCCAACUUGGCUAUCUGUUUACGACUCCCUUGCUGUUACUUCUGAUGAAACCUUGGGUUCUGGUUCUGCCUCCUCAACUUCUAAAUCAUCUGUCGACGCUCUUGAACCCGAUGGCACCCUCCACUUUUUCUGGCUAGACUACCUUGAGCAUAACGGCAAGCUCUUUCUCACUGGCAAAAUCAAGGACAAAACCUCCUCGAUUUGGGUAUCUGCAUGCCUUGCCAUCGAGGGGCUUCAGCGUAAUUUGUUCCUGCUCCCGCGUCCGCUACGCGUUGAGCAAGAGGAGACCGAAGAAGGCGAGUUUGUGAUGCAAGAAACUGACGUCGUGCCGAGCAAAUCGGACGUGUACGAAGAUUUUGAGCGGGUGCGGAAGAAGCUUGGUAUCAAGGGAUGGAAGGGGAGAUGGGUUCGGAGAAAUCAUGCGUUUGAUGAGAAGGAUGUACCAAAAGAGGGCGAAUGGAUGAAAGUCUUGUACUCUUUUGAAGAGCCCCAAGUCCCCAUGAACGCCUGUUCGCCUAAUAUUGCUCGGAUAUUUGGGACGAAUACUAGUGCGUUUGAGCUUUUUGUGCUCAAGCGCAAGAUCAUGGGGCCAUGCUGGCUUUCCAUAACCAAUGCGGUUGUCGAGAACAAGGGUAUCUCGUGGUGCAAGUUUGAAGCCACUGUCUCAGACCCCAAGAACGUGACACCCAUGGCAGACAGCGCUCCAGAACCUCCCCCUCUAACAAUAAUGAGUCUCGCAGUACGCACCGUUGUCAAUCAUCGCGAAAACAAGCGGGAAGUUCUCCCGUGCUCUGUGCACACGCUCGUCCGUCCUCUCGACCGCUUCCCUACGAAAUUUGAAGCCCAGGCGCGAGCAAAUGGAAAGGGCAUGAUCUCACCAAUGAAGAACGAGCGGAUGCUCCUCAACAGCUUGCUUGUCACGCUGCACAAAGCAGACCCCGACGUCAUUGUUGGUCACGACUUUCUCGGUGUCUCCCUUGAUGUCCUCCUCGGCAGAAUGAAGGACCUCAAGGCGGAGCACUGGUCACGCCUUGGGCGGUUCAGGCGUUCGAAAUGGCCACCUAUAGGACGUCAGGGCACAAACAUGCGCUUUUUAACUGGGCGCCUGCUUUGUGACCUCGCCAGCGAUGGUGCACGGAGCAUGAUCGCCUCCACGACGUGGUCUCUCACCGAGAUGUGUAAAACUCAUCUCAAGUCGGACAGGCAGGACAUCGACCCAGAUGACACAGCAGCGUACUUCGAUGGUACCGUAUCAUCCCCAGACAUGCUCAUGACAUUUGUGCGGCAUUGUGAGCUCGACGCUCAUUACCAAAUGGCCAUCGCAUCGAAGGUGCAGGUUUUGCCUCUGACAAGACAGCUCACAAACCUUGCUGGCAACGCAUGGAACAAGACGUUGAAUGGUGGUCGGGCUGAACGGAACGAGUACAUUCUUCUGCAUGAGUUCCACCGCCUGAAGUACAUCUGUCCUGACAAGACAUAUGGCAAGAAAGCGCCAAAAGCAGAGCCCGAAGCAGAUGACGCGGAUGGCGAAGGAGGCGGUGGCGGCAAGUCGAGCAAAGGCAAACGGGACAAGUUCAAGGGCGGUCUCGUGUUUGAGCCGAAGCGUGGACUUUGGGACAAGUAUAUCCUCGUCAUGGACUUCAACUCGCUGUAUCCCAGUAUCAUCCAGGAAUAUAACAUUGACUUCACUACCGUCGAGCGCUCGCAGGAGGAUGACGACGAUGACAAGAUACCAGAUCCACCGCCGCCUGAGGUGCCUCAGGGCGUCCUUCCACGACUUAUCGCAACACUCGUCAACCGGCGGCGUCAGGUGAAGUCGCUUAUGAAAGAUCGUUCUAUAUCGCACGCAAAAUUACUGCAGUAUGACAUCAAACAACAAGCAUUGAAACUGACAGCAAACAGUAUGUACGGCUGUCUUGGUUUCGAAUACUCGCGAUUCUACGCCAAGCCUCUCGCUGCCUUAACUACUUUCAAGGGUCGUGAGAUCCUGACACACACCAGGGAGCUUGCCGAGAGUUUACAACUAGACGUCGUCUACGGCGACACUGAUUCAGUGUUCGUCAACUCCAACGUGACAGAACUUUCGGAGGCGCUAAAAAUCUCUGCCGAGUUUAAGAAGGCUGUCAACGAUCGAUAUAAGCUUCUAGAGAUAGACCUCGACGGCGUCUUUGCGCGUCUCUUACUCUUGCAGAAAAAGAAAUAUGCAGCUUUGAAGGUGGAAGAGGGAUCACGGACAUCCACGGAAGUUAAAGGUCUUGAUAUGAAGCGCCGAGAAUACUGCGCUUUGUCGAAGAGCGUGUCUCAAUACGUUUUGGAGCAAAUCUUGUCUGGCGAACCAACGGAAGUUGUGGUGGAGAACAUUCACGAGUAUCUUAAUACCAUCGGCGAAAAUGUUCGCAGCGGAAAGAUCAAAUUGGAGGACUUCAUUGUAUACAAGCGCCUAGGCAAGAACCCGGAAGACUACCCCGAUGCUAAAUCUCAGCCUCAUGUACAAGUUGCUUUGAGACUAAAAGCAAAAGGUGGAAGCGCCCGCAACGGUGACGUCAUACCCUAUGUGUUCUGCGUCGCUCCUGGUGAAGAGACCGUGAAGACCGCACAAGCAGAUCGCGCCAAGCAUCCAGACGAGAUCAAGAAGGCCGCAGGGGAACUCACGGUGGAUUACGAGCACUACCUUGCGAACCAAGUCCUGCCACCCAUUGAGCGACUGUGUGAACCUAUUGAAGGGACGGACAGGGCACGGCUGGCCGAGUGUCUUGGACUGGACCCGGGACGUUAUCGCAUUAGUGGAAGCACGCCGGCUGGAUCAGCGCUGACAACACUAGACUCCCUCGUCUCUGAUGUGGAGCGGUUCCGCGACGUAUCUCCGUUCCUUGUACGCUGUCGCGGGUGCGCGGGGCAGAUGGCGUUCCCCCCGGUCUACGAUCGAGAUGCGUCGAUUCUGUUGUCAUCAGGGCCGACCUGUCCCGCGUGCAGCGCACCGCUGGGUUCGGCGAGCCUGCAGACGCAGCUUGAGGUGCAGAUUCGGUCGUUUGUGGCCCGGUACUACGAGGGAUGGGUUGUCUGCGAGGAUCCAGCAUGCGGGUAUGAGACGCGGUCGAUGCGGAUGUACGGCUGGCGGUGUGGAGCGUCGGGGGGCUGUAAAGGUAGAGUGCAGUUCAAGUAUGGGGACACCGAGUUGUACACCCAGCUCCGGUAUUUUUCGACAUUGUUUGACAUUGAGAAAAUCAUCAAGGCUGCACAGGGCAGCGCGAGAAAGGAGGAAAUCGUGGCUGUUGCAACAAACAACGACCCAUUCCUCAGGGCGAUGUCGAAGACGGUGGACAAAUAUAUGGAACAAUGUGGACGAUGCUGGGUUAAUCUUGGAGCAUUGUUUUCUAGCAUGAACCUCUAA